CUUUGCACUCGACACUCGCUCGCUCUCUGAGCCUUUCAUUCCCACCACAACGAACAUAACUGGAACAUUGUGCGAUAGAGAGAAGAGAAGAAAUGCUCGACGAGGCCUGGACGCAGCUUGUCGACGAGUCGGGGGGCACCUGGCCUCCAUCGCCCUCGCGCCAGUUUCCUAGUCCGCUAGACAAGCUCCAUGAGCUGGCGCUCGAGGCGCCAAAUGUCUUCAGCCGGCCUGACUAUGCCAGCAUGAAGCACGACGAUAUCAAGGCCAAUCGGGCCUGGCUCGUCGAGAGGUUGCAGCCCACCGACGAGGUCUUGACCGCGCUCCGCUCUCUCAACCAGCAUCAGAUUCUCGGUAUGGCGGCCUGCAUGUCCACCCUAGCGCACAUGUACCGAUGGGGCUCUGUGCCCACACUGACAGCCGCCCAGGAGGAGAAGAGGAACCACCUGCCCAACAUGAUUCUCGCCGCACAAAUGUACCUCAACGGCCGGCUAGGCAUUCGAUCUACUGGUGGCACCAUUACGACUCUCUCCUUGUGCAACUACGACCGGGAGCGUGACGUAAUCUACUAUAGCAUGACGAAGAACUUCACCCCAGACAUCAUCGCGGCCGAGCUGUGGAACGCCAAGCUUUUCCACGAGAUGGAGCGCAUCGCCGAGCCCUUUUAUCGGAGCGUGGUCCAGCUAGCCGACGAUGUCAUCGGACGGGGCAAGGACAGCACAGCACUGGAGGAGGGCAACGAAGCGAUCCGGCAGGCAUUUGCCUAUUUCUACAAGUAUCUCAAAGAGCCUACCGUGUCCAAGGCUGUCUGGUCCCGAUAUGCCCAGGGCUUCCACGGCUGGAGCUGGGAUGGCUUCGAGGGCGUGAGCGGGGAUCAGGCCGUCAUGGUGCGGGUGAUGGACGCGCUGCUCGGCAUCCCGCCGACGUCGCCGCCAACGCACCUGACAAAGGGCCAGCGCGACUUCGUCGACACGCUCCGCACCGCCAACAUUCGGCAACGAGCUGUAGCAGAGGGCUUCCCGCUUGCCACGAAGAGCAUAAAUGAUACGCUGCGGAUGCUCAAGACAUGGCGGAUGGGCCACGUGAAAAAGGCCUGCUUCUACGAGGACAUUCACCUGCCCGAGCGCAAGCCCAUGAGCGGAGGAAAGGGCACCGACGCCGAUCUGGGUCUCGAGGGUAUGGUGGCGAGGAUCCAGAUGCGGCUGCAGACACGCACGGCCCUGACGAGGUAGCUUCUCCCACUGUAAAAGGAAGAUACGAUUUCUUGAUUUGCCCGGUCCAUCGCUUCCGUCAACGCAUUUGCCCUAUUCAAUCGCAAUGUCAUCACCGUCACCUUGUCUCCUCAUUAAUGCAAUCCUC